AUGAACACAAGCCCCUACUCCUACACGCUCGACUCGACGUCCAUGAGCAGUGCCGGCCACAAUGCCUCCAAUAUGAGCAAUGGGAAUGCCGCUCCUGCCAGUGGAAAGGGAGCUGGCGGGUCCAAGCCUUCUGGUCCCUCGCCGCUUGCCUGCUUGACAUGUCGACAGAAGCAUCUCAAAUGCGACGGCCAACAGCCUGUGUGCGGACGAUGCAUGUCUAAUCAACUGUUCUGCGAAUAUACACCAUCUCGGCGAGGCUACAAGGGUCCCUCGAAGAAACGUCGUGCUGAUCCACCGCCUACUGACCCGUCGCAAAUGAUGUCUGACCCACGGCUUUUUGCGCUGGAUGGCCGCAAUCCAGAGAUACCUUCUAAUUGGAACAUGCCGAGCAGCGGUGCUGGUCCCAUCUCGACGAUACCACCAGCGCAAACUACCCCGCCGGAGAUGGCACAAACUCCUGCUCACCCGUCAGGAAUCCAGUCGCAAGUUGUCAACGCUCGCUCGCCCUUGACCCCAGACUCCUCGUCGACAGUCGGGGCAGAUGGAUACCUGGUGGAUGUCUACUAUUCAAACUUUCACGCCGCACAUCCGAUUCUGCCUCCGCUACACAAGCUCUUCCGAAACUCUCCUCCGCAUUACCUCGAACAAGUGAUCAAGUUUAUCGGGGCCCAUUUCACCACUGCUGCUUCUCCCGAGACAUAUCGACCGUAUGUUGUUGCAGAGGUCGUAGACCAACCGCCAAGCCCGGAGAAGGUCCAGGCGCUACUGCUGCUUACAAUUGUCCUUCAUUCCCGCAACGAACGUGAGGAAGCGGGCUCCAUGUUGGCCCAAGCCAUGGAUUUAGCUUACGAUAUUGGGCUAAAUCGGCGAUCAUUCGCGGAAACAGUGGGUGAAGCUGAUCCUAUCCGCGAAGAAAGCCUGCGCCGGACUUGGUGGGAGCUCUUUGUUAUCGAAGGCAUGUUGACUGCUCUCGGAGUGAGAGCUAGUUUUACAGCAAAUACGAUCCCGCUUGAAGUGCCUCUGCCAUGUGAAGAACGUAUCUAUCAGGACGGCGGUCUCUUCCCGCUGGCAUCUCCUCCUACGAUUGCCCAAUUCGAUGACCGCGUCUUUGCGGACGAGGACAUCGAUUUUUCGUCUUUCUCCUACAGAAUCGAGGCAGUCCGUAUCCUUGGCCGAGUGGUUUCGCUCUCUGAGAUGGUUACCGGUCAACAAGAACUAGUGGAAUCGGUCGAUGCCAGGAUUGUUUCGUGGUUCCACCACCUGCCCGAAUCGAAAAUGGAACUGAUGCUUGCUGACGGAACCGUUGACGAGAUGAUGUUCCAGGCGAAGAUGAUUGUCAAUGGUGCAUCGAUUUACCUACAUUUCCCGCGCUCCGAUCUCCUCUCUUCGCCGGCCGUUGCGGCCGAAGUCAUCUGUGGCCACUCGGGCCUGUGCCUGAUGCCCGCAUUCUCGCACCACUCUCAUGCAAUGAAGGCAGUAAAAGCGGCGAGCGAGAUAUCGAAUCUCGCCGCAAUCCGCAUGCCCGAGACGAAGCACACCCCAUUCUUUAUCUGCGCGCUGGUCCUCAGCUCGAUCGUGCAGCUGGCUGCUUACUCGGUCAAAGCCGGGCAGGUACCAGACCCUCGUCGCGACCGGCUGUCCUUGACGGUUGGUGUUUUCAGGUCGCUAGGCAAAACAUGGGCGAUUUCGCAGUCGGUCAAUCGACAGAUUAGAGCGGUCGCGCGCGACGUGCUCGACAUUGGAGUGCGACCUGCGACCGACCAAAACAGUCUUGACUUUACGGCUUUUUUGGAGGGCAAUCAGUUCUGGUUGUCGAAUGCACAGGUUGUAUAA